CGAAAAUAGUGGCAUUUCUUUUAAAUAAUGGAGGAUCUUAAGGGUUCGGCUGAAACAGAAGAAAACGAUCUGUCGGAGAAUCUUGAAUUUUGGAUGACUCGACUUCCGGCAAGGCUGCAAACUGUCCCCAUAAACUGCCUCGCCAUACCCGGUUCUCACGACACGAUGACAUACACAAUCGCUAAAUACAACGAAGUAGGGCCAGACGAAUCGAUGGCCAUCCAAUUUCUCGGCCGCUACUGCUCCUUAAUAUCAAAGCCAAUUAUUUUCAAUUGGUCUAUCACUCAAUACGACAACGUAACACAGCAAUUAAACGGAGGCAUCAGGUACUUCAAUAUGCCACGAUACUUGGAUUUACGUGUAGCCACGAAACUUGGAAGUGACGGAAUCUAUUUCCUUCACGGGCUCUAUGGAUCGGAGAUCAGCGACCCUUUGCAGGAAGUAGCAGACUGGUUGGCAACUCAUCCCAAUGAAGUGGUUAUCCUAGACUUUCAGCACUUCUAUAUUUUCUCUGACGCUCAUCAUAGGUUCCUGAUAGAGAAGAUACAUACGUUAUUUUGGGGAAAACUCUGCCCUGUCUUCGGCAACUUCAGUCACAUCUCGCUCCAAUGGUUGGCCCUAGAAAAGUAUCAGGUUUUCGUCAUUUACAGACAUGUAGUUGCUAAAGAUUAUACAGAUUUGUGGCCUUCGGGAUUUUGGCCAACACCGUGGCCUGAUACCGUCCAUGCAGAUUAUCUGCUGAAUUUUUUAGACACCAAGUUAGGGUGUAGAUCCCCGCAGACUGCUUUCGUCUCCCAGUGCCUUUUGACCCCGGAUACUUUCUUCGUCAUGAAGCAUGUUUGUGGGAAUCUUUAUCGGGAUUUGUCUGAAACAUGUCGUCACGCAAUUCUUCCAUGGAUUCAAAAGAAUUCUCCCGGCAGUGAAGGACUUAACAUUGUCAUCGCCGACUUCAUUUCAAAUCACAACUUUGAAUUUCCUAAAACAGUCAUUAAACGUAACUCACAAAUAUUAAAAGAUAGUCAAGAUCCAUCCUAUCCAAGGACUUACAUACAAGUCCAAUCUAGAGAACAUUCCGAAAGUAAAUAUUAACAUCUGAAUACUAAAUAUAAAAUUAUGUAACAUAAAUGAUGUGGUAGUUCGAAAUGUUUUGCCGUUCAUUAAGUCGCAGAACCGUUGAUAGUGAUUUUUAAUAGGUGCUUAAUAUUUCAAAGAACCGCCUUGACCAUUAGUCAACUUUACUUUAUUCCACUGUUAUUUCGACUUAUUGAAAAUCCGUGUGUUUAUUGUUAUAUACAGUCAAUGAUGUAUCAGUUAUGCGCAUGACUUGGUACCUAUAACAGUACCUUCCUCGUUUGAUCUACCACUGUAAUGUCCAAUCACAUUCUAACAAUUCUGGUACACGAGAGAGUUUACACUAAAUUGUGACCGUGAUAAACAAUGAGAGAUUUACAAUGAAUGUUUUGAGAAUCCUUGAGGGGAUUUUCUAGUAUCGAAAAGAAAUCAAAGAACUAGUAGGCACCUGUGUUUUCUAUUUGCAACAAAUAUGAGUCAGUAUCUGGUCGUAAGGUUUAAACUCUGUAGAAAUUCUAAACACUCAAUUACAAUAAAUACUCUUUCUAUAAAUUAUAA